AUGUCGACGCCGCCGCCGCCGACGACGACGCCCAUCACCGUGCCGACAAACUUCCCAUCCCUGAUCCCGAGCUACACAUUCAAUUUCCGCAUCGGUGGCGGAGCCAGUCCCGUGGGCGGGUUGACGCGCGGCUCGCCGCUUACCGUCGUGCAUAUCGUGAGGGGGACGGUGAGUACGGAGCCGCAACCGCAGUCGCAGUCGCAGUCGCAGUCGCAGGCGGGGAGGAGUGAUGAUGGGGUGGUGAGGCUGGAGGCGACGGUUCGGGGGCAAGGGAUCGAUUAUGUGCGGAAUGAUCCGGACGGGGGGCGGAUGAGGUUGGAUGCGGGGGUUGUGGUUGAGUGA